GCCAAGUCUAAACGGAAGUAGGUACGUGGCCGCUUCAGCUGACAGUCUACAUGAUGGCGACAGAGGUUCAGAGCGGCGACCUCGACAGUGCUACUUCCAGCCGGCUCGAAGUUUCCAUCGACGGCCUCACCCUUAGUCCCGAUCCGGAGGGCGAGCAGGGCCAGGUCGAAGAGCCGGACCCCAACCCCGCCGAACCCGGGACCGAGCAGACGGCUGCCGCUGGCGGCGAAGAUGGAGAGACUGGCAAAUCAGCGAUAGAGAGGAAAUGGGGCUUUCCUUUGCAAGAGCUGUACGGAAUGGGCCUAAAGUUCUUUAAAGAUAAAGAUGGCAAGGCCUUCCACCCGACCUAUGAGGAGAAGCUCCGACUGGUGGCUCUGCACAAACAGGUGUUACUGGGCCCUUAUAAUCCUGAUGCUUCACCAGAGGUCGGCUUCUUCGAUGUCUUGGGCAACGACCGCAGAAAAGAGUGGGCCUCCUUGGGUAACAUGGAGAAGGAGGAGGCCAUGGUGGAGUUUGUCAAGCUGCUGAACAAGUGCUGUAACCUCUUUGCUCCCUAUGUCAUUUCACACAAGAUUGAAAGGGAGGAGCAGGACAGGAAAAGGAAAGAGGAAGAGGAACGUCUGCGGCAGGAGGAGGAGGAGAGGGAGCGACAAAGGCAGGAGGAGGAGAGACGCAGGCUUGAGGAGGAAGAGAGACUGAGGAGAGAGGAAGAGGAAAGGAGACAGGCAGAGGAAGAGAGGCUACGGGUCGAACAGCAGAAACAACAGAUAAUGGCAGCACUUAAUGCACAGACAGCGGUGCAGUUCCAACAGUAUGCGGCUCAGCAGUACCCCAACAGCCCAGAGCAACAGCUGGGGCUCAUCCGACAGCUCCAGGAGCAGCACUACCAGCAGUACAUGCAGCAGCUCUACCAGGUUCAGCUGGCCCAGCAACAGGCGGCCUUACAGAAGCAGCAGCAGCAGGCUGAUUUGAUGGUGCAGGGAACCCUGGAGUCUAGCAGCUUCAACAAUGGCGAACCCAUCCCUGCCUCAGCAACGGGACCAUUGUGUGCAGCUUCACCGCCUGCUGGAGAGGAAGUUCCCACAGUCAACGGAGGACAGUCAGACUCGUACUCGGAGAGCAUGGACCGGGAGCCAGAGCCCGAGCCGGCAGAGGAAGUGUCAGAGAACGGGCCUUUGUUAGCGGACUCCCCACCAGUCAUAGCUGCUCCCUCCAUGUGGACGCGGCCACAGAUCAAAGACUUCAAGGAGAAAAUCCGUCAGGACGCAGACAGCGUGAUCACAGUGGGGCGUGGCGAGGUGGUCACAGUGCGUGUGCCCACUCAUGAGGAGGGCUCAUACCUGUUCUGGGAGUUUGCCACAGACUAUUAUGACAUCGGCUUCGGGGUGUUCUUCGAGUGGACGGAUGCUGCCUCCGCCUCAGUUAGCGUGCACGUGUCGGAGUCCAGUGAUGAGGAUGAGGACGAAGAAGGUGAUCCUCCCAGUGAGGAGGAGAAGGCGAAGAAGGAGGCAGGGAAACCCCAGGUGGAUGAGAUUGUGCCGGUGUACCGGCGGGACUGUCAUGAGGAGGUGUAUGCUGGCAGCCAUCAGUACCCUGGCCGCGGAGUCUACCUGCUCAAGUUUGACAACUCCUACUCACUCUGGCGCUCCAAGAGUGUUUACUACAGAGUCUACUACACCAGAUAAGCCUGAAUACAGACACAGGGGGAGGCAACGAGUGUGUAUGUUCAUAUAAAUGUGUAUGUAUGUGUGUGUGUGUGUAGGUGGAGAUUCGUGUGAUGGCAGCCUGUAUGUGUGUGCCUGUAAGGGAGAAAGUGAUAACAGAUCUGUUCUGGACAAAACCACCAGAGGGCAACAAAGAGACGCAUCUGAAGCCCAAGUUUGGAGAUGGGACUAACAUAUAUGUACUGUGUGUGUACGCCUGUCCAGAGAAACACCCAUGCUAGAGCCUGUUAUCGAGCCCUUGGAAGAGGAGUGUGUAUUCCUGUUCUGUAUUCAUCACCUGUCCUUGCUGUGCUCACAUAGAACAAGUCGUAGAACUUUGCUCUCAUGUUGUAUUUUACCACUUACCACCAUGGGCUCCUCUUCUGUCACCACCCCAGCCCAACACUGUCCAACGUGGCCUUGUGGCUGCUUCUGCCCUGAGUGACGCUUUCAUGACUGUGCACAGAAACCUGGCAGGUCCAACACUGUGAGCCAGCUGUUUCCUGUUUGGUGGUAAUGGUGGUUGUUUAUCCCACAAGAACACAACUUGAAAAACAAAUUAUAUCGCAAAUGUACUUCAUAACACUAUGUUUUCUGUUUCACAGAGAGCAUCCGGUCUUUUCCAAGUCUCACACACACACACACACACACACACACACACCCACACACCCCUUGGAAACCAGUACACUCAAAUUUAAUCAUCCUUUUUGUUGUAAAAGCUAUAAUUCUUUUCACUAGCUACCAUGCAUACAUGAAGAUCUGGCAGGAUGAUUAGUGGAAACAUGCAAAAACAGUCUGUCUUUCACAUUGAUUCCUUGAUGUAAUUUUAUGAACAGCGUGCACCAGGAGUAGGUUUUUUUGUUUUUAUGAAACCUGCUGGCAAACUUUAUGAAGGAGGGGCAAGAAGUGAUUUCAUGGUUUACAGUGAACUCCAAAUGAAGUGUUGAACAUGCACAUGUGGUUGUCAGCCUUCUGGCUUUAUAAAGUCAAGCAUCUCAGUGUCUCACACAGAAUAAGAAGUUUAAAUACAAAUGACCUACUAGGUAUUUGCUCUCCUUUUCUCCGACAGGUAUUUUUUCUCUUUCAUUUGGUUCCACUUGAAGCAGUGGCCUCAGCACUACUUCACAGCGAUGUUUGUUGUUUCGAAGAUUAAAACAUACGACUGAUUACAUUAAAUCAUCAACUGUCUUUUUGGUCAUCAGUUCUUUAAAAUUUCCGAAAACAGAGCUAGUUUUUAAUGUUAUCUGGGAGGUUUUUGUGCUGUACUCAGUUCUGACACACAAGUACACCUAAUAAUAAAAUUUUGAUGUUUUGGAGGUCAUUACACAAUGUUACAUCUCUGCAGCUCCCACAAAUCAAAAAUCCUUUGAUUUCCGUUUUUCUGUUUCUUUUUUUCUUUCUGGUAUGAAUUAGCUCUAAUUGUCAUCUCAAAAAAAGGUAUCAUGAAUAAACAGAACUGAGUUUAUCUAGACUUAUUUUUGUGUCCUGGGUGACGUGGUUGCUUACUAACUCGGCUGUGACAUGUAAGUGUAUUCAUUCAAAUUUGUUUUAAGUGAAUUCGUUUCCAUGAUUUUGAUUCAUUUUGAUUGUGUACCGACCACAUAGGCGCAUAAUAAGCAAUGUGUUUCACUUGUUUAACUCACUGAGCUGUAUUUGUAUAUUUUUAUGUGUGUGUGCAACCAAAAGAAACAGAGGCGGGAUAACUUGCCAGUUGAGUAAUCCUCCAAUGUUCUUGCUCAAUAUCAGUCCAUUACAUUAUUUAAUUAGAGGCCACUCCUGCCUCCCAUCCAUUCAGUGAUUUGUGUGACAAAAUGUCACUUUGCAUGGCUUUUCCGAGCCAUAAAGAAAGUUCCCAUAUGUUCUGAAGUGUGAUGUAUGUUUUUCAUAAGUUUCUUAUUGCUCACCAAAUGGUUUGAGCUGACUUGUUCAAGCCUUGUAUGUAAAUAAUUCUAUAAAUGAGUUUAUGUAUGGGUUUUUAGAUGGGAAAGAAGGCUAUGGUUUUGAGAAUCAAUGCACUGUAAAAUAUGGUGAAUGAGAUUUAUGUACACAUUUUACCCCAAAUGAAAGUCCAAAACUUGUAGGAAGCAUAAAAUUGUACUACUCUAUUGACAUGACAGAGAAGUUCUUUUUUUUUUUGUAUGGUUUUGACUCGUUUGGAUCUCUUAUAAGUUGCGAGAUGUCUUUGGGCAUAUAUUUAAGGUUGAUUAAACUUAUGUUCAUCUCCAGAAUUGGA